CGAUGGAGAAAUACGACUCGGCUCCGCUGAUUCAUGCCAUGUCUGUCACUCAUCCGCUCUGCCCGUCAGAACGGUUUGGAGCAGAGAGGGCAUUUGGGUGUCGGCUCCGGCUCGAACCCCUCCUCCUCGUCGGCAUCGUCGGUGCCGCCCGCCAGGAUGCGCUCGUGGCACGACCCACAGUAGACCUUGCAACCUAUGCACAAACAAACAAAUGACCUGUGCAUCUGUGCGUGGUGUCCCUCCCUCCCUCCCUCGCUGACCGCACGGCAGCACCACUGUGCGCGGCUCCGACAGGCAGGCCAUGCAGACGCUCUCCCUCUCACGCUCAGCCACCUCUGUCUUGGUACGCUGUUCCUCGGCCGCCCCCCGCAGCUGUGUCAGCCGGGUCACCUCGGAGUCGAUGUUGAUCACGAGGCAGCCCAGCUCCGCCGAGCUGAUCUGAUGCAGACGGGCACCGCCGAGGCGACCACGCUCGAGCGAUGCAUUCUGCUGGCCGAGUCGCGCGUUGUCAGCCUGGAGCGACUGUAUGGCCGCAUCGCGCUCUUCGAUGAUGGAGUCCUUCUCGUCGAUGGUGUUGGUCAGGGUCCUGGUGCUCUUCCGCUGCUCGGCGAUGAUGCGGUCCUUCUCUUUGAUAGUGUUGUCCUUCUCGAAGAUGGUACGAUCUCUCUUCUCGAUAGUCAUUCUCGCCUGACAGAAUACAUUUGAGGGAACGGCCAUCGGCUGAGUGAGUGCAACGGCCCCUCUAGCCACUUACGUCGUGCAGUUCUGUGAGCGCCUUGAGGUAGUUGGGCUCCCAUGGACUGACCGACACGAUGAGGGCCAUCUGGGCAUCCCGCACCGACGAGUAACUGCUCGGGUCCACCUUGGACAGGAUCGACACCACCGUGCUGGACGAACACAGACCGCCCAGCUUCCGCUUGAGAAUGCCAAACAAAGACACCCCCACUGAUCAGAAGAGAACAGACAAACAAGCACGGAAUUGCGACUCGAGUCGGAGGCACGGAAUUGCGACUCGAGUCGGAGGCGGCGAGCCCUUGAUGUGAUGCGUACCUUGGCACACCGUGGUCUGCGAUCUGACUUCGAACACGCCAAUCCGCGGACUUCCGUAGUCGUCGCCCACAAUCUGCACAAUCUGUGGGACGCAGAGACAAUGGCACCAGCCGACAUUCAUUCCUUUCGCCAGCCCGGCCCUUCCUGUUUUCUGCCGAUCUCACCGUCUUGUGUCCUGCAUUGUAGGCCUCCAACAGUCGGGCGCGGUUCUCCCCACUGCUCUCAGGAAUGGUGUGCUCGACUCCCUGAGCGGCUAUCAACACAUACAUGGCCAUGGAGGCUUUCGACCCACUCAGCCUGCCUGCCGGCAUCUCACUCCUGACGAGCUGCCGCCAGUCGGGAAGAAGAGAUCUGGAUGGAUGGAUGGAUGACGCGGCAUUCCUCUCCUCUCUCAGACUUACGGGGCGAAGAAAAGUUCUUCGUAUUGGUAGCGAUGGCGUUCAGCGUGUCACCAUGUGUGAUGCUGUAGUAGUCGAGGGCCUUGUCGUGGUCCAGCUGCCAUGACACAAACACACACAGCCUGAUCACAUUCAUGCAGAUCUGAAGGCCACGUAACGUACCAGUUUGCCCUGGAACAUGACGCGCAGCACUUCAGCUGGGAAGCCCUCCUUGGCCUCAUACUUACGCAGCACGUCCGCUACCUGCGGUAGGCAGACAGCACACACACGAGAGAUGAUGCCGAUGAUGCCUGGGCCCAUUGCAUUCACCGGUGCUCUCUCACCAGCUCUCCUUGCUGCACGUCCAACACCACGCUGCGAGAGGCCGCAUUGCCGCCGCGAACAAACAACUGCAUCGUCAGAUCUGCGAGAAAGACGGUGAUUUUCCCCAGGAUGGGCCACUCAUGCCCGCAGCUGCAAUACACACGACAUGAGCAGGAUUGUUAUUGAUGCGUGUUACUCGCGCAUGCUGAGUUGGGGCUGUGUGAAACCGAUUGUUGGCGUUAACAGUAAAGUUCCUGUACGCCCCUGCCGCUUUCUCGAUGCUGCAGAAGAUGGUACAUCAUUGGCCGAGGAUGGCCAGCGGGGAUGAAACGGAUGAGAAUUGGUGUGUGCAUUGCAUCUUCAGGUGAGAUCUGCGCUCCUCUCGGCCCUCCUGGCGGCCUUCUGCCUCCCCCAUCUGUCGCACGGAGCCUGCAGAUCAACGAAGAAUUUGCGUCUCCGUUCCGGAGUGGAAUCCUGGUGGAAAUCCUGGUCUAC